UAUUACUAGUGAGUGUGCUUGGCACACCGAUGAGAUGAGAGAGCGAUACCAGAGGUCAGAGAAGAGCUAGCUGGGGGGAGAAGAAAAAAGACGGCAGCAGCUUUUCCACCAAAAUUAAAGAUGCAGCGCGCAGUGGAUCCCCCACUACUGCAUACCGAGCAGCGAUCGACUGCAUUGCCCGCACGCAACAAAUAAAACAAUAUAACAUGCAUACCCCUGAGAUCGAUCGAGACCAUCUUGCUUCUUCUUCGUCUUCUAUAAAACGCGGCACGAGCUAGCGUGUGUCCGCCACACUGCAUAUAUACUAGUCUUAGCUUGCUUUGACGAUACAUCACUCAGCUCACUCCUCCUCCUACUACUAUCGAUCAGUUCACAGUUCAAUCCAAUCCAAUCCAUGGCGGCCAUGAACAACAACGUUACCAGCAGCAAGCUGGCCGGCGUGGUGGACGCCGAGAACCCGCCGCGUGCCCUCUCGUGCGGCCUAGUAGUGGACGACGAUGACCUGUCGCAGCGCGCCAACUGGCUGCGCGCCGCCGUGCUGGGCGCCAACGACGGCCUGGUGUCCACGGCGUCUCUGAUGCUGGGCGUGGGCGCCAUCAAGGCGGACGCGCGCGCCAUGGUCAUCUCGGGCUUCGCGGGCCUCCUGGCGGGCGCCUGCAGCAUGGCCAUCGGCGAGUUCGUGUCUGUGUGCUCCCAGCGCGACGUCGAGCUGGCGGCGGCGCAGCUCGACCGCGACGGCAACAAGGACAAUAACAAGGUGCUCCCCAGCCCCGUGCAGGCCGCCGCCGCGUCCGCGCUCGCCUUCUCCGUCGGCGCGCUCGUGCCGCUGCUCGCCGCGGGCUUCAUCCGCGACUACAGGCUGCGUAUCGGCGUGGUCAUCGCGCUCGCCACCGCCACGCUCGCCGCCUUCGGCUGCGCCGGCGCCGUGCUGGGCCGCGCCCCCGUGGCGAGGUCGUGCGCGCGGGUGGUGCUCGGCGGCUGGGCCGCCAUGGGAGCCACCUUCGGGUUCAUGAGGCUCUUCAAAGCCACAGGCAUAUGAUGAUGAUGAUGAUCUAUCGUCCGUGGAUCGUCCUUUCCAACACGCUUCGCUUCGUACGCGCUCUUGGCGUGUGCCUGCCUGCCUGCCUGCUACUAGCUAGCUAGCUGAUCGGUUAGUUGGUCGGUUUGUCUGGCUAGCUCAUACUAGCUCUUCCGAUCUUCGUGUUGUUGCUUGCUUCCUACGUGCAUCUCCUAACCACCACCACCACCACCAUCUCCUAAUAACCAUGAGAUAGAGCUACCUAACUAGCUGUGUAUCACAGCGAUAGACGACGAUGAUCAUCCCUAGCUAGCUAUAGUUGUUGCAUGCAUUUAUCUAUAUAUGACGCCUGUAAUCCUGGCCUCAAAUUAAAUUCUCUAGCUGCUACUGCUGAAUUAUAUAUAGAUUUACCAUGCAUGCUUGUACUGAUGGCCGGCUGAUGAGCUCCAAGCAAGACUAGUCUAAGACGCGCGCGACUAUGGAAUAAUAAUGCAUGUACCUUUCAAGUUUACUGAUUAAUCAAUAUAAUUUCUCACUUCAUAU